AUGAAGAAAUCAAUUGCUUGCGGCGCAUGUCGGACGUCGAAGAGAAGAUGCAUCCAUUCUGGUGGACCGCCAUGCAUCCGCUGCAAGGAGAGAGGCGAUGAAUGCAUCUUCCCUCCCAAAGGCACUUCCUUCAUCUUUAGGCGCUCGCGGCUUGAGCGCCAGGCUCGUGCAGCGUCCAGUGCUCUGCCGGCGGAUGCCAACAUCACAGCCUCGCUUUUAUCAGCCUCCGCAGGGCCUCAGCGUGGCACUGCGGAAGACCCCGAUGAACAACCCAAGGUCAACCUUUGGGAGAUGGACCCUUUGGAUUACGUGACUGAUGAGGUCAAGGAGAGCUAUCUCAGGUGUUCCUAUAAGUGGUCAUUUCACCAUAUGCCUACAUUCUUCGCAUCCAUCCGGAAUAAGACUCUGGACCGGUCUGUUGCGUGGGCGAUGCUGGCCAUCACUGUGCGAUUCUCUCAAAACCCGCCAGAUGGCUUCUCUAGUCAGAUUCAGACGAGUAACUACUUCGCCGCUCAUACCAGGUCUCUCAUCCUUCCAUCAAUAGAUGAGCCGAGCUUGCAGCGGAUCCAAGUUCUUCUCAUGCUCACCGGCCAUUCAUGGGGCUCGGGCGAAGGCAGACGUGCGUGGGUUUACCUCGGAAUGGCUGUGAGAAUGGCUCAGAUCAUGGGCUUGUUCGAAGAUCCUCCGGUCGCAGCCCUGGAUAGAGAAGAGUUUAUCCACGGAGAAGAACGACGGCGUACGGCAUGGACGUGCUUCCUUAUGGACAGCCUUUUGAGCGGCGGCAAAGGCCGCGAGCGGUUACUAUCCGCGGAUAGCAUGCACAUCCAGCUGCCUUGUGAUACGAGCAACUUCAUAUUCGGCGAACCGGUCAUCUGUCCCUAUAUAGAAGGCUAUCGAUCCGACGGUAGUCAUAUGAUCCCACGCGGCACCCUGGGCAUCGUUGCAUACAGCAUGGGGGUUGCAGAUAUUUGGGGUGCUGUUGCAAAAUGGUCCUGCUCUUCACACCCGAACAACACGCCUCCUUGGCAGCCACAGUCGGAAUUGCAACGUCUACUACUGCGCUUGAACGCUUGGAGAGAAUCGUUGCCUCCUCGCCUGCGAUAUGAUCUAGCGCUACUACACGCACAUAGUGUCCAGAAUCAAGGACAGGCAUUCUGUUAUAUGCAUUGCAUCUACUUCAUGUCUGUCAUAUUUCUAUAUCGAUCCUAUCUGCCCGAACUGGAGAUGCACGAAGAGGCAGAGCAUGAGAACGGCGAUAGGAAGCAGUGGACCGAGUUCUCUUGCAGGGAACUCGCAAAAGUUGCCGACCAGGUGUGCGAAAUGCUUCAGGAUAUCCGUGGGUUUGGUCUUUUCUUUUUGCGUGGCCUGGUUCCGUGGAUAGGCUUCACCAUCUACACGGCAGUUGGAACACUGCUCUAUUUCUGGCAUUUCCCCCAUGUCAGUGAAGGCGACCCGCAGAUCGAAAGCUGGAGACAGCGCAUCAUCGACGGAUGUGUUUUCCUCAAGGACAUGAGGCAAGCCUGGCCCAUGGCCGAUACCUGGCGUGAAACCAUCAAGGCAAUGCAUAUCUUCUAUAGCAAUGUCAAAUCAAAGGGCAACCAGGCCAUGAGCCCGAGUGCGCGUCGAGAGAUGAGAAACGCCAUCAUCGACUACGGCGCCUUACAACCAUCUCCCGUUCAAGCUGCCGAUAGCGGGAGCGAGGAAGAGACUUUAGUUGUUUCUGAACAGGAAGAAACGAAUACGAAUGAGAUCAGCACAAAUGAGACGGAGACGGAGACGGAGCUUGUGUCUCACGAAUUUGGCGUGGUACCGCCUGCCGAUUAUGACCUUUUUGAUACGCAUUUUGAUAUUGACUCUGCGAUGCAGGCGUCGUUUGCCGAUGCCACCCAGGGCUUCUGGGAGGGAUAUCCUGGAAAUGUUGAUGUGUCAGGAUGGGAGUUGACGCCCUGA